CUCCUUUGGCUUUUAUCGUGGCUUGAUGAAAUGAAACAAUAUCGCUGUUGCCCACCAGGCCAUUCCAUUCAUUCAUCACAAACUAGUAAUUUUGAUUAACCUCUUCUUUGGUUUUAUUGAGGCACCCAAAAUGGCAGAAAAUCUUGACUUUGCAGACUUAAAUCUUUUGUGUUCUGAGUCCACUAUUGAUUUUGAUUGUGGUGAAGUCCCGGUUGAUGAGUUUGGGCUAUUACCCCAAAACAAUCUAAAUAUCAUCCCAGACUCAAACUUUAACUAUAUUAGAUCCGAUUCCUUGAUGGGUUUUCCUUUACUUAACGAAGAGAUUAUUAGAGAAAUGGUUCAGAAAGAGAAAUACUAUAUGCCUAAAGAUGAUUAUAUUGAGAGAUUGCGUUGUAGGGCUCUGGAAUGGAGUGUAAGAAAAGAGGCUCUUGAUUGGGUUCUCAAGGCUAGUCGACAUUUCAGAUUUGGACCAUUGAGUGUUUGCCUCUCUAUGAACUACUUCGAUCGGUUCCUAUCAGUUAAUGAAAUUCCUGAUACUGAGAAGGAUAAAGAUUGGACUGUGCAAUUGUUAGCUGUAGCUUGCUUAUCACUAGCAGCCAAAAUUGAGGAGACUGAAGUGCCUCAGUCAGUAGAAUUACAGGUGGGUAAACCCGAGUUUGUGUUUAAAGCUAAAACCAUACAAACAAUGGAACUUAUAGUGCUGAAUUCAUUGAAUUGGAGAGUGCAAAGUUUUACUCCAUACUCCUUCAUUGAUUACUAUCUGAGUAAGAUCAAUGAGGAUGAAAAUCCUUCAACAAUUUGCUUCUCAAAAUCAUCCGAGCUGAUAUUAAGCACCAUUAAAGGUAUCGACUUCUUGGAGUUCAGUUCUUCUGAAAUUUCUGCAGCAGUGGCUAUUUCCGUGUCAGCAGAUACUCAACCACAUGACAUUGAUAAGGCCAUGUCUAUGUGUUGUAAUAUACAUGUAAAAAAGGAAAAAGUGUUAAAGUGUGUUGAACUUAUUCAAGACUUGUCAUUGAAUGGUGGUUUUGAGACACAGAUUGUACCACAGAGCCCAGAUGGGGUGUUGGAUGCAGCUUGCUUUACCUAUAAGACUGAUGAAUUAACGGUUGGGUCAUCUGCAAAUUCUUCACCCGAUAUUAUUAUUGUCAGUCCUGAGUUUAAGAGGAGGAGACAAGAAGAACCAUCUCAUUCUCAAAAGAAUUAAAGGUUCAUGACAUUUAAGUUCUCCCUUGUACAAUCAAUCUGGUUUUUGGUUGUCCGAGAGAGAGAGAGAGAUAGAAUAGAAAAGUUUUUCAACAAAUGAAGUAAGGCGAACAUUAGAUUCAAGAGGGUUCCAAUUUUAAUGCUCAGAGCACGAGAAGAAAAAGAAUAGUCACCAGCAGUUUAUGGCUACAAUCUCAACAGCUAUAGCCUAUAGGCAUCAUAAGUGGAGAUUGGUUCACCAAUGUGUUUUGCUUAUUAAAAAACACAAUAAAAUAAGAAAUAAAAAUGGUGUUUAAAGUA